AUGCCGCAUUCAGUCCAUCCCACGCCACGGGAGAAUACGCCAGCCCCGGGAAAAGUGCUCGAUCUAUCAAAACUUUGGUGGAAUAUCAAUGUUCCGAAGGAGCAAUGGACGGAGGAGUGUCCGCCUUAUUUGCUCGGCCAGAGCGAGAAGAACAUUGGGAUCCUGAGCCGCAAAGACGAAGAUUUUAAGAGAUAUACUUGGCAACAGGUCGAGGAACUAGUUCGGACAAACAAUAUCCACCACUUCCAUCGGCCCUCAAGCCAACUCCGUGGUUACCUUGCUUACACGUACCAUCUCAAGAAGACUUACGGCUCUGUUCUCUCAUACAUCCAACAACAUCGUCUCGGUUGGCCCACCAUCACCCCUAGCGGGGACGCACCGUUCAGCAACCCUUCCGAUUAUAAGAUUUUAUACAACGACUGGCCUUACUUUGUCGAGGAGGGGAUCAAACAUCUUGUUGUAUGGACGAAAUUUCAGAUCGACGAGGACGAAGAGACGGGAGAGGUGACUCGGGAGGCGGAGAGGCAGAUUGACGAGUUCAUCCGAAGGACGUUUUGUGAGGGGGAAGCUGGGAAGAAGAUGGAGAGGGAGAAGAUUGUAUGGUUUAAGAACUGGAAGAGCUUGAAGAGUGUGCAUGCGUUAGAACACUUCCAUGUCAUGCUUUAUAAACCCCCAGAGGUACUUGUUGAUGUUGUUACGCAGGGAGAUCGGCCUACAUGCGAAAGCUGGAUGGCAACGACGAGCUAA